UGAGGAAAGAGGACAUUGGACGUUCUAUAAAAUAAACGUUAGUUUGCUGAACAUUUCAGACCAGGCCAGGUUGUACGAGAGAGAAUACUGAGAUGGCAUCCAAGAUUCUUUUUGGAGUUGUGGCAUUGUGCCUGACAAACACGCUUGCAGACUCACAGUCAGCGGAUACGACCGUCUCUGACUACAUCUACUGGAAGAAAGCAGACAUCAUGCAGUGGCAUCAGUACUUCCCGAGCUGGGUGCUUGAGGAGGAGAGGCAGACCAACCUGGCAGCCGUGGCCGCAGUCUCUAGCCUGGCCUCUAGUCUCAACAGCAGCCUCAGCAAAAUAGUAGAGUUUCAAGCUCAGGAGCUGCUCACGGCCCAACAGAUGGUCGCCGGCACAGACGCUGAAGGCUGCGUCAAUGGCAUUUCCGAAUAUAUGACCAAAGCUAUCAAUGAUGAGGUAUCAACUUACAACGAUUGCGCAGCUGACGCUUUAUCAAACCUGAAACGUGUGAACAAGACUUUAAGUAGUCUUAAAACAAAAUACACGACUGCUUAUCAGAAGGCACUGGUCCGCAUUGACGUCUGCGCCAAAACUUACCCAAACAAGGACUCCCUUGACAGACUCAAGUCCUGUGUGGAGGCGAUGAACAAAAUGUAUUUCACGGUAGCAAAUGCCACUCAAAAGGCCUUAUUUCCCAGUCCGUCCAUGACGUACUUCCAGAGCGUUGUAGUGGGGUGUGCGAGUGACGCUGCUACAGCCGUCGCAACCAAGGGUGCACAGUUCCUUCAAGAACUGUUGGACUGUUCAGUUCUUGAUUCUAACAUCGACCGAGCAGCAUAUGCAGAGGAAUUGAGCCAGUGGCAGGGGUACAACGACACUCUGGCCACCCAGAUCGCUACAGCCCAGAAUAAGAACUACGACCAAGUGUGGGCAGUCAAAAACCAAACGAUAGUCUAUUAUAAUCUCCAGAAGGAUGUGCUGGAGAAAUAUGUGAUUGAGUCCAGGGGGUUGUCAUUCUACCUAAACAAGAUGUACUCCUACCUGAGCGACUACUACAAUACUGUCACCGCCACUUCUAUUGACAAUCCAGGAGAUGCUGCUUGUUUGACCUCCGCCACUUCUUCGCUUCAAUUAGUUGUGAACACAGCUGCCAGUCAAUCACUGUCUUGCGACCAUGAUAUUGUUAAUAACACGAGGCAGAUGAUGAAUCAGGUCUCCGGAGACUUCUUGCGUCUGAACACGCUGAUUCCGGCCAUCGGCAACGCUGCGAUCCUCAACUGCAUUGUGAAGGGCUACGUGUACGCUCCCGACACCAUCGACAAUUGCUUCACCCUCGUUUCCUUGGAGUUCGACAUCGAGCAUACCGACCGCAACGCCGACAUUACCAGAAACGUCAACAUCCUUAAUACCUAUAUAAAUUCCUUUUUCAGCGGAUCUGAUCUCCCCUGUGGCGGUACCACUCUCAAGGCCGCAUACCUGGCCGCGGAGGUCACCCUGUACAACCUACAGCGCUGCUUGUACAUCACAUCGGGAACCGUCUAUUCUGUCACCACCCCUCAACCUAUCACCACCUCUGGACCCAUAACCACCCCCGGACAGAUCACCACCUCACAAUCCAACGCCACCAGUUACUGGUAGUUCUCCGGUUUGGCUUCAAAAUAGAUCGAUUAGCCAAUCACACCGUGAAAGUUGCUGUCAUUCAAGUAAUGAACAUAAAUAUAAAUGAAUUUGUAUUAUUGCUUGUAAGUUAAGAACGUCACAAUUUAAAGUAAACAUAUCUUGCUUA